AUGGAUAGCAUGAGUGAGGCAUUUGAUCAAAUGCAAAUGGUCAAGGAUGUUCUAGCCAACAGUGAUAAAGUUUCAGAGGUCCUACAAGAGUCUACUCAUCAGUUCAACCUGCUUACUUCACCCACCUUCCUACCAAAGGUCAAGGAUCAAGGGAAAUUCACUCUCCCUUGCACACUUGGGCAUCUUGAGAUUGACAAUGCCUUAGUGGAUUCUGGAGCAAGCAUCAAUCUGAUCUCUCUCUCCAUGGCAGAGAAGCUAGGCAUUGCUGGAGCCUUGCAGCGCCCUACUACUUCAAUCAUGUUUGGAGAUGCAACUUCUAAGUCUCCUCUUGGAGUGUUCAAGAACUAUCACUUGAAAAUUGGAGAAUGCAUCAUCCAAACUGAUCUCACUGUGAUGGAAAUGGAAGAAGAGAAGGAUUACCUCUGUUAUUGGGAACCCCUUUCCUUACCUAGAGGUUCAGACUUUUGUGCCACAAUUGACAGUACCACUCUCAGUUCUAAGAGUCAUGGAGCUACAAAGGUUGUGAAGGAAAGGGUUGACAAAGAACCAAGAGUUGGGAAGGAUAAGGAUGAGAGAGGACCAAGGAUUGAGAAGCCACGUCUUGAGAGGGCUAGAGUUGAGAAACCACGUUCUGAUAGACCACGAGCUGAUAGACUUGUUCAAGCCCCUUGUGUGCUUGAUGAAGAGAGCCUUCAAGCUUUGUUUGAUGAGCCACUAGGAAGGGCUCUAAAAGAAGGGGAGGAUGUAGCCUCUAAGGCAAGACCAGGUGAUAAAAGAAAGGAUCCACCAGCUCAGGCCCCUUCAGUCAAGCCAUCUCAGCUCACAAUGACUUUGUUCCCCACCAAGUUUGAAAAUGGGAAGAUUGAGUACAAGAUAAGGUACAAGGGGAGAUCAAGGCCAUUCUCUAGAGCCAAGGCCUUGGUGACUUCAGAACAGUCCAGGGACCCAACCAAGCUAAAGGAGCUUCUGUCUCAAGUCCUCACUAUCACCCUUGAUGGUGGGACUAGCUCAACCAAUGCCUAA